AUUAGAUGAUAGGUACGUGAAAAUUAAUUCUUUUUCCGAAAUAUGUCAUCCCAAAUACGUGAUUCCACAAUAUCAUAUGACACGUAUUUCGACUGUCAAUAACUCGGUGAAUCAAUGCAUUUUCGGAAAUAUCCUGCGAGUUCCGAUAAGUGCCCGGAAGAUAAAUCCAACAAUAUCUGCGCCAUGUGCAAUAAUUAUUCAUUACUGUCAUUAAUACGUCGUCUAAUAACCAUCACCGUUAUUGUUAUUCUCUACGGUAUCUUCGGACACCGUGUCGAUGCGGCCACUGAUAACGACACUAGCCGGAAACCUCCGAGUCGUCUGAAACCAAGAUUUUUGAACGGAUACUACGUGACAUGGCCUACCAAUCUCGACGGGACGAUGUCGUAUUGCGACGCAGACACACCGCCACAGAAGCCACCGCCGCACAUUUAUUACGUGCCGGACAACGUGGUCUUCACCCGUAUGCAGAUGGCCGGAGACAGGGCGUUUAUCGUGUCCCCGAGAUAUAGACCAGGUGUACCGUUUACUUUGGGUUAUGUUCCAUUAACUGAUUGUGUGACAAAUACGACGAUUUUAAAUAGCAGUUUGAAUACCAAACACAAACGCAAUAACAAUUAUGGUUAUCAUUCAAUAUCACCAUAUCCAUCACUUUGUGCACAUUGUCAAUUUACCAAGCACUCAACACAGUAUAAAGGCAAAGAAAAUCCAUGUGAUAGUGAAGGACUUGUGAACGUAGUAGACGUGUACUUGGGUCCAGACGGUAUACUUUGGAUACUUGAUAUUGGCGUUGUCGAUACGUUAACGUCACCUGAUCGUACUAGCAAACCAAAAAAAUACAAUGACCCAAAGGUUUUAGGUAUUGAUGUAACUACUGGUACUACAGUACACAAGAUAAUGCUGGGAAAACUGAUGAAGCCUACGCACACCCGCGAGGAGUGGAUAAAGAUGAUAGCUCGAUCGUUAUGCUCCAUAGUUGUGGAAUACGACGACAACGGUGACAAAGACACUUCGGCGGGCGAGUCAAGAACAAAGAGAAAGAAGACGGUAGACGAGAACGGCACGACCAACGAAGUCAUAAGAAACCAACGAUUACCGCGGAAUAAAUCGGAAGACAACGGUAACUGCAGUUAUUGUAGCGAAGCCGAUCCUCCGGUAGUCCGCAAUCGUAGACAUACGAACGACAUGUCGUCGAGCGUGACCAAACCAAAACCAGUGGCGGUGUACGUGGGUGACGCGUGCACCCACGACCGGUUCAAAGGUUUGAUCAUGGUAUGGCUGGUGAACGACUGCCGCGGCAUCCGCGUGAUCCUGCCGCCGUCCGUUUCUGCCGUAGAGGACGAUGACAGCUGCGACGGCGACCUGGACCCGAGCCGGAACACCCUGCACAUGGCGCUGUUGGACGACUUUGGCGGCCAACGCCGGCGUCGACACCUGUACUUCACGUACGGCCGACACCCGGACGCGUACCGAAUCCCGGUUACCGCGUUCCGGGUCCACGGCCGUGGCGACGGUGCGGGGUUCGCCGAUCUGAGGUUGUCCAGCUGUCCGUCGACCGGCAGAAGCCGGUGCGUGAUGAACGUUGGCCGCAAACCGAUCAGUGGCGGCGGCAGCAUCGGUAGACCCCUGGUUCCGGUCGACUCGGCUUACGGCGCACAGUGGUAUUUCCGCGAUCCCGCGGCCAUCCGUCGGGGAGACUUGUACGUCUGGGACGCCCGCCGAACGUUUCACCCGGAAUAUUUCGAGAUGGUCGUGCACGGUCACGUGACGGCGGUGGCCAGCGUUCAGCACAGCGGUUGUUCGUCCGUUCCCUUCAGUGACCGUUGUUUGCCACCGAACAGGAGACGUCGACGAGAUACCGAGCGCGAAAAGGAUACGGGACGCGAGAAGGACGCGGGGCGCGAGAAAGACACGGAUCAAGGAAAGGACACGGAACAACAAGGAAAGGAAACGGGACGUGGCAAAGACAAGGGACGUAGUAAGGACAAGGGUCGCGGGAAGGACAGGGGACGCGGGAAGGGCACGAGAUGUGAACAAGACUAUGGCUGCAACGACGACGACGAUGACCCGUGCGAAAGUUGCAACGACGCCAGCGAUGCACUGAUCAAAAACGGGACAGCCACCGGAAACAAGCGUCCCAUUGGCGGUCGACUGUCCCCAGGCUGCAUGGAAAUAACGUCUGUGGACUAUGAGAACAUCGAACCAACGGGUACGACCGCGGGUGGUUAUGUCCUGUGGGCGUUACAAUCCAAUAUUCAGGAUUGGGUGAAUGGUCAAACUGGACGUUUUGGUAUGACCGCGUUACUGUGUCCGAUCGUGUGCAAUACCGCGGGCGAUUGAUAUUACAAUAUUCUUUACAUUUAUUAUUUAUAUGAUUAUUAAUAUUACAUUGUAUUUA